CCGGUAGUUCCUCAACCUAGGGUUUCAGAAUACCCAUGCAUCAUAGAAGCAGGUGUCACUCCGGCAGCCCAAGGGAUAGAGUUUAAGUUUAUACCUGAGCCGGUGUCAGGGAGAGACAACCCUACUUACCUUCUCCUAUGGCGUCUGCCGACUUUACAUCCAGGCUCUGAUACCACUGUUAGGCAACGUCCUGGCAGCAACGGCCAGGCAAACAUUCUAUUUCGCCAGAUUCCAGCGGCCAUCGCCCAUCGGCGUUUUUCCAUCUUCUUCUUAACUGUUUCCCUGAGCUAAGCAAAAAUUGAUAAAAAAAAUUGGACAAAUUCCAUCAGCAGCGUGAGGGAAUACCAGAGGACUAUAUCAAAGUUAGCAGCUCGAGUAGUUUAUGAACCUAUAGACUCCAUUGACAAAUCUUGCUUCAUGGCUCAUUCAGAAGAGAGCACUCAGUAUCGAGUAUACAAGAGAAAGUCCAAAAUACCCUCUGAUCUGGCUAGAAUAAGCGAUGCCAUAACACAAAAAUCUUGCCCAAUAUGUCUCUGUGAAAUCAAGCCAAGACGAGUGGCGUCACUUCCACUGUGCAGACAUGUUUUUUGUGCGGAUUGCAUCUGCAGGUGGAGUGGUUACAAGCGUGUGUGUCCACUUUGCAAAGCCGAGUUUGGCUCUUCACUCUUUAUAAUUGACCUCUCCUCUCAGACCCUUGUGAAGGAGGUACUCAAAGCACCACUGAAUUAUAGACCUACAGUAGGUUUUUCAGCACCCCAGAGAAAUGCUUUGGCGGAAUUGAGGUUGAUAAGAAGAAGAAGAGCAGAACAAAAUUCCCAAUACUCAAGAACGAGGGAAUUUCCUAGGAGGAGGUCAUUUGGCACUCCAGAAGGUUUGGACCCUGGUGUCAUUAGGGAGAAAAAACUUCAGUGGCGGUCAAGCAUAUAUGAAAGGAAACUGCAGGCUGUUCCUUUCGAAUCUAAAAAUCGUGUUUUAGAGAAAAAGGAGCACAAUAGUAGAGUAAAGUCAAUGGUAAUACAAAGAGUGGAACCUUGGAUACAUAGGGAGCUGGAGGCUAUACUUAAGGACCCCAAUCCAUCUAUAAUUGUACAUGUCGUCACCUCAGUGCUCGUCUCCACAAUUGAAAGAGGGACAAUAGUUUCUUCUGAAGAGCCCGGUACAAGGGAUGAACUUCUUGCUCCUCUCAGGCCUUUCUUGCAUGAAAAAACAGAACAUUUUUGGCAUGAGCUUAGAUGUUUUGCUGAGAGCUCUUUCUCCAUUGAGACAUAUGAUACUGUGGUGGAGUACAGAUCAAACCAAACCUAGUGAAAAAUGAUUGUAUAUUAGAGUAGUCCCCUAAAGAGUCCAUGGAUUUCUUAGUGUCUUAUCCUUUUGUAUUUUGAAUAUGGUCCUCGAUUAGUUCCACAACCUGAUGAGUCAAACAAGCCAGAAAGGGAACAUAUAUUUGUGUGUAUAUUAUCUGCCUUAGUUCUGCUUCUCUAGUUCUCUUUGGGUUGCAGGCAACUUUAUUUUAAUGUGAACCACUUCACACAUGAUUGUUAUCCUAUGCACAGAUGCAACAAAUCAAAAGGCAAACUUUUC